AUGGCCUUCCAAGCGAGGAAAGAAGAUCGGGGCAGUCUCGCGCGAUGGUCCGAUCUUGCCCAAAAAUUCUUAUGCGCUAGCAUGUCCAUGCUCCGUUUAAAUAGCUCUAGUUUACCUUGCUAUGAAGUCCAUUCACUAAAUGUUUUCCAACCUCGUUUUCCAGGCUCUUGGAGCCGUAUUCCUUACCGCUUUUUUGUGGCAUUUCUUCCACCACCAACGUGGCUUUACUGCGCUCGAGAACCUCCCAGGACCGCCAGCCAGAUCGUGGUUAUCCGUAAUAAAAAGUUGUUAUUUGGAGAAGGGCUCUUUACGACACUCGGUGAACAGCACAGGAAACACAGGAAAAUGCUCAACCCAGUGUUUUCUGACUCUGUUUUCUAUCAAGUCGCGCAUAAGGUUCUCCUGGACACCCUCGUUAAGAUAGCUGCAAAUGGUCCAAAGGAGGCAUUGAGAGAGUGGUUCGUUCCCGACGUCAUCAAGUUCGCACCGCGCGGCCUCGGCCGCUUUUUGGCGAACUGGGUUCCGUGGAAAGCAAUUCGCCAACUCCGUGACGCCCUAGACGUGCUCCAUAAGACGCCCGAGGAGAUUAUUGAGUCCAAGAAGCGUGCGCUCGAAGAAGGUGAUGAAGCUCUCGCAGCCCAGGUCGGACGGGGAAAGGAUGUCAUCAGCAUCUUGAUGAAGGCCAACAUGAAGGCUUCGGGUGAAGACAAGCUCACAGACGAAGAGUUCCAGGGUCAACCGGAUACAACAUCUGGAGCUCUGGCCCGCACUUUCCAUCUCCUCGCAACCCACAAAGAAUGUCAGAAACGGCUCAGAGAUGAGAUCAGGGAGACGAGGGAGAAGAACGGGGGCAAAGACCUGGAUCACGACGUCCUCGCCUCUCUGCCGUACCUGGAUGCUAUUUGUCGCGAGACUCUUAGGCGUCUGUAA